GCCAGAGGCAGCAGAGACAGUGAAUGGUGAGGAAGGGCCAUCAGAUCCUGCUGCUGCCCCCCUGGAAUGGAGCCUUAGGGGGCCCCUGCACUACCCAACCUUGGCUAGACACAAAGCUUCCUCCCUGAACUGAAGCAGAGGAUUUGCAGGCACCCUCUCUUCUUGCACCUGAGCAGGCACCAAAGGCAGGCCCACCCUCCCAGGACCAUGGUUGGGCUUCAGCCACCAGACGUGCCUCCUACAACAGUUGUGAAGUUCCUGGGGGCUGGCACUGCGGCCUGCUUUGCUGACCUCCUCACCUUCCCUCUGGACACCGCCAAGGUCCGCCUGCAGAUCCAGGGGGAGAGCCCCGGGGCGCAGAGCGUGCAGUACCGCGGCGUGCUGGGUACCAUCCUGACCAUGGUGCGCACCGAGGGUCCCCGCAGCCCCUACAGUGGGCUGGUCGCCGGCCUGCACCGCCAGAUGAGCUUUGCCUCCAUCCGAAUUGGCCUCUACGACUCCGUCAAGGAGUUCUACACACCCAAGGGAGCGGACCACUCCAGCGUCGCUAUCAGGAUUCUGGCAGGCUGCACCACGGGAGCCAUGGCAGUGACCUGUGCCCAGCCCACAGAUGUGGUAAAGGUCCGAUUUCAAGCCAUGAUACGCCUGGGAACUGGAGGCGAGAGGAAAUACAGAGGGACUAUGGAUGCCUACAGAACCAUCGCCAGGGAAGAAGGAGUCCGGGGCCUGUGGAAAGGGACUUGGCCCAAUAUCACUAGAAACGCCAUUGUCAACUGUGCUGAGAUGGUGACCUAUGACAUCAUCAAGGAGAAGCUGCUGGACUCUCGCCUCUUCACUGACAACUUCCCCUGUCACUUUGUCUCUGCCUUUGGAGCCGGCUUCUGUGCCACCGUGGUGGCCUCCCCGGUGGAUGUGGUGAAGACCCGGUACAUGAAUGCUCCCCCAGGCAGGUACCGCAGCCCUCUACACUGUAUGCUGAAGACAGUGGCCCAGGAGGGACCCACAGCCUUCUACAAAGGAUUUGUGCCUUCCUUCCUGCGCUUGGGAGCCUGGAAUGUGAUGAUGUUUGUAACCUAUGAGCAGCUGAAGCGGGCCUUGAUGAAAGUCCAGAUAUUGCGGGAAUCUCCAUUUUGAACUAGACAAGCCGGCCACUUGGUGCUCUCCCCAUAAAAACCUGCCUAGAAGAGGAAAACCUCUGCUCUGCCCAGUCCAGUCGGCCCGGCUCACCCAGACUUCUGCAGCUGUUGCUGACUCGAGAAAUUGAACUAAAGAGAGGAAAGUUUGGGUCUUUCAUAUUUUGUCCUAGAAUAGCUUUGUUUUGCACUGACCUGAUGGGAAAUAAAUUAUAUUAAUUUUUAAAACACUCUCAGUUGGAUGCCUAACAUUUAGGCAAAAGAGAACAAAGAAAACCAGAUUCCUUUGGACAAAAGGGAAGUUUGCCAACUCCCUUGAAAUGCAGGAUUAGACAAUGAACUGUAAACAGGAAGGGCUGCCAGCACUGGGAGCCCACUGUGUCCUUGAAUCAAAUAAAACAGAGGGACACUUCAGCUUUAACACGAAGCUGUGACUGCAGCCGUCUCAGUCACCCAGCGACCUCUGCCCCUCUGCAAAGAGCCUGCCAAGUGGACUCCAUUAGGAUUCUGGGAGAAAUGAGAAAGGGAAAAGAAAACAUUGAAGCCGUACAGAAGAGUCCUGCUGGGCCCCCCAAGGACCCUGGAGGGCAGAGGAUGUGCAGGAGAAAACAGUCCCUCCCCAUCUACCUCAUCAGGGCGUUGGGAGGACCAGAAGAGAAGCAGGGCAUGGAAGUAACAACGCCUGUCUACAAAUGUAAACAUGAGGACAAUGGUUUAGGAGAGAUUUUUGUCUAGAGAGGAAGUUUGAGGAAAACGCAGUUUGUAGUGGUGAGGCCGUGCAAACCUGGACUGCACGGUGAGGUCCACGGAUGACUGAAGCCAGCAGAGCUGCCCACUGGCCUCGAAGGUUGGGCGAAGAGGCACUGCCUGUCAGUCAGUCCAAAGCUCAGCUCAGGGCUCAGUGACAGAAUCCCCACCGUGAGGGUGAGAAUAAGGACAGCUGCUCUUCUCCUUCUGUCGGAUUUCCUCAUAUCUGGGUCCUACCUGUCAGGGCUGUGGCAGGCCCGGCUCCGCCCACCUACACUUCCUCCUGCUCUCCCUCCGCCUUUGGCUGCAGAGACCUUGCUCUUCCUGUUAAGCCUUCAGCCUUCUUCCUGCAGAAGGGAGGGCUGAAGUACAGGACCAACUUCCAAGCUUAAGAUUGAAAUCUGUCAACAAAUGGCUCAGUGGGUUCAAUCUGUGGGACCCACAUGGUGGAAGGAGACAACGGACUCUUUCUAAGCUGUCCUCCGACCUCCAUGAGUGACUAUAUAUAUACACACAUGUGAAUGUGCUUAUGUACAAGCACAACAAAUAAAGGAAUAAAUGUAAAAAAAGCUUAACUGCAUAUGAUGGUUCCAAUGGGAUGGCCCCAUACGUCUCAGGCAUUUAAAUACUUGGUCCUCAGCUGUUCAUGUCUGUUUGGGGAAAGCUGAAGAUGCGGCCUUGCUGGAAGAAGUGUCUCACGAGGGACUGGCUGUGAGAGACCAAAGACUCCUGCAUUCCCAGUUUUCCCCUCUGUUUCCUGCUUUCAAUUUGAGAUGUGUGUUCUCAGAGGCUGCUCCAGCUGCCAGACCACCUCACCACGAUGGACUUCUAUCCCUCGGAAACCAUAAGCCUCAAACCUUUCGUCUGUGAGUUGCCUUGGCGAUGGUAUUUCAUCACAGCAAUAGAAGAGUAACUAAGAGAGUUCACGCCUUUCAGACCGCCUUACACUGUCAAGGUGUGACAUAUAGUGUCUAAGCUGCUUCUUAGGAGCUUGAUUGCGCCAGGGUCCAGGGGGAGCCGCACAAACCAUACAGACACCAAGCUCAGUUAGAUAUGGGUGGUUUAUUGAACACACCGCCCCCAGACUGAUUACGAUCAGGGACACAGAGUGGACUUGGGAACCAAACUGUGACGCUGAGUGUUUCUCAGAGCUAGCUCAUUAACUAACCAUAUUUAGCUCAUAGGAGGAGCAGGUGGGGUGCACAGUAGAACAGGGUAGUCACCUCUGAGUCAAGUUAUUUUGCUAAUUAGACAAAGCCAUUCUAGCAGACCUUUAAUUCAAUUGGUCCCAAGUGGAACUUAGGGUUAGGGCCAGGUGCACUUAUGAUUGGGGGAUUUCUAGUAGCAGCAAGGCCACAGACUAUGCUGAGCAUAAACAUAGUUUUUGGUCAACCUGACCUUACACAGAGAGCUUUCCCCCAUAUCAGCAAUAAACUGACAUGAUGUGGCUAUGAGGCCUGAAACAAAAAUGGCUAUAGUUAUGCUACCCAAAAGGAGCAGGCCUCAACAGCUUGGCUCCAAUGAAAGGCAGAGGGAGCUCCAGGCUGGAGGAGUAACUCGCCUGUGUGCUUGCCUACACACAGAGCCCUGAGUAUGAUCCCCAGCACCACAUAAACCAGACAUGUGAUGCUCGCCUGCGGUCCCAGCACACAGGAGGCAGAGGAAGGUGGACGGACGAGGAGUUCUCGGUCCAACCUUGGCUCCAUAGCUAGUUCCAGGUCCGCCUGAGACACAUGAGACUCUGUAUCAAGAAGAAAAAAGAAAGACCUGGUCUCCAAGGCUCAUCCCACCUCAUUCCACGAGCCACAGAGAACUCUUGCUCCUCAGUAUCCUCCCGAACUCGUCAGUGACCCACUGCUAAUCCCACCAGGAAAGAAUAUGACCAUUACCAUAACUUCAAGCCAGAUUUGAAGCAAGUGUUAAUUAAAUACUGAGCAGGAUGAUGCGCUCUGGACAUUCCUGGGUUCUCAAAACAAAAACAAACAAAAGAAAAAAAACAGCAUUUAGCAGAGGCCUACAAGGCCAUCGUAUCUCCACCAGGUCCAGUGAGGGGCGAGCACCCAUCAGGCAUACCCCCCGCCUACACACCUUCUGCCUACACGUGGUCAAGUACAUCCGGUGUAGUUGGGCCAAACAAGUUUGUUUGGGGGAGUGAAAGCAAACAAUAGCCUCCAGCAUUUCAGACAGCGUCUGCCCUUGGGCAAGGGGCUUACAGGUUAGAGGCAGCUUUGUUUCGUGAUCUCUUAGGCAUGGUAAUUAGAACUUAAAAUUUAACUUUGGCUCUAACAAUGCCUGUCCCACUGGCAUAUAAGGAUUGAUCAAAAGCACCUUGGGGGGGGGGGGGCGGGUGCCAGAGAGGUGGCUCAUCAGUUAAGAGCACUAGCAGCUCUUGCAGAGGACCAAAGUUUGAUUCCCAGCACCCAUCUGGCGGGGAGCUCCCAACUGCCUGUAACUCCAGGUCUAAGGGACCCAACACCUUCUGUAUUCCUUGGGCACUGCACACACUAGCUGUACAGGCACAUACGCAGGAACACACUCAUGCACACAAAAGUUUACAAAUCCUAAAACAAACAGACAAACAAAAACAGGAAGAGCUUGGCAAUGUCACUUCUUCCUUUCCUGCCCAGACUCAGCUCACUGAGAAAAAGUGUACCUCAGCAGGCAACUAAAUUUCAACUAUAGUUUGAGAUCAUCUGCAUGUACAAAGGAGCUAGCUGAACAAAAGCAAAAGAAAUUAUCUUGGUUUAUUGUCCCUCGCAGCCUUCAAACAAAAACCUUCAUUUAGAAGAUCCUCUUUCUUUUGACUUGAUGGACGCGUGAUCUUAAACUCCUGAUCUUUCUUUGGAGCUCCUGGGGCCAGAAACUGUCUUCUAUGUUAUUAGAAGAGAAGACCAUUCAGAUGAAGAGGAUGAGGAGGAGUGGGGAAGAGCAGGGAGCAGGAGGAGAAGGAGGAUGUGGGAGGCUGGAGAGUGUUCUUUGUUUAGUUUUUUAGACAGUGUGAUGCAGUCUAGGCUGGCCUGAAUUUACCAUGUAGCAGAAGUGACCUUGAACUACUGAUCCUCCUGCCUCUGCCCCUCCGAGUACGGAGAUUUCAAGUAUCUUGUCACUAAGCCUGGCUCUCAAGGGUUGAGAUGGAGAGGACGAUCCCAGAAAUGUUUGGGUACAGCCUUUUGGGGUAGGGUAAGAUUGAUGGGGGGUGGGGGCUUGGGUUUCUCUCCUGAGUUCUUCAGCUUUCUGUUUUGUUCUCAGAAUCAAACACAGGGCUCUGAGCUAGGCAAGCAUGCUACCAGCUGAGCUCUGCCCUCUACCCAUGUCUUAAAAGGGGAGGCUGAACCAGCUCAUCUAAGGGUCUCUAGUUAUGUGACUCAAAAGACCAUUCACCUAGCCCUUGUUGCUGUGACUUCAACUUCUGCCUCUAGGAAUUGAUGAGAACUCAGCAAGAAUUACCAGAAACAUUGGAAAUGUUCAUUUUUUUUUCUCAUGCUGAUUUUUAUUACCUGAUACUUUCAGUUUUCUCUGUAAUUUGUGUGCUUUUGACAAACUCUUGAAUUUUACCAAAAAAAAAAAAAAAGAUAUUCUCAUUUGAAGGACAGUGAGUCUUUAGAAUCUAGAUUCUCUUCUGUUUUAGCUACCAGAACAACAACUUGGUAUGCAGGAUCCAUCUGGGUCUCCCUCUCCACCACAAAGUCUCCAAGAACCCUGGCUCUCUUUACCACAGCCAGAGUCAGACCCUGAGCAAAAGCCGACCAUCCAGGUGAGAGGUGAUGCCAGCCAUAGUGACAGAAAUCAUUUCCUGCCUUACCCUUCGUGUUCCGUUUCUGCUUCAGCCAACACCAAGCACCUGGUGAGAGUCUAGGUCCUGCAGUAAUUAUCCAGCCCCCCCAGCUCAGGUCCACUCAGUGUCUCCCCGAAAAUUCCUUCUGUUUAUGGAGAACCGGGAAACGAUACACCUGGUUCCAAGCUGACCAGAGUUUAAGCCAGAGUGCACCACUGUGAGACACCAGGCAGGUGGCUUAAUCUCUCUGGACUUGGUUUUGUUGUGGGAUAUUCACCAGAGAAGACUUCUUGGACACAGAUUUAAGCCAAUAGAAAGUCCUGAUUAGCAAGCCAGCAGCUACCUGGGCUCCCGAAGACUGGCUGGCUAAUAAAGCCACCCUGGGUGUUUGGGACCCUUUCUCUGGUGAGCUUUUAAGCACAAAACCUCUUUUUUGUUUGUUUGUUGGUUGGUUGGUUGGUUGGUUUUGGGGAGUGUCUUUUGUUUGCUUGCUUUUUUUGUUUGUUCUGUUUUUUUGGUUUUUUUUCCCCAGACAGGGUUUCUCUCUGUAGCCUUGGCUGUCCUGAACUUGCUUUGCAGACCAAACCAGCCUUGAACUCAUAGCAAACGGCCUCUUUUUGCUUCCCUAAAUGCUGGGAUUAAAGGCAUGCACCAUCACACCCAGCCACAAAAACCUACGUUUUAGGUUGACAUAUUUCAGUUAACAAAAACAGCCGGGAGUGGAACUAGAGAAGCAAAAAAGUAAGGUUAGUACAUUUAGAGACAUUCCCAGAACUAUGGACACUGAUAGUUUAGGUCUUUGUUUUCGUUCUGGCAAGUCAAUAUGCCGAGUUUUAGAGCCCGAAUGGUACUUCCAUCAUGGAGUCAGUUAUGCUGAGGUCUGAGGGCCUGUUGCGGUUUCCUUGUUCUGGAAGGGUUAUAUGACGUGUUCUCGCCUACCCAAUGCAUAGAAAUUGCUUUCCACAAGCAUUCACUCAACCCCCUCCUCCCACUGCGCUUUCCACAGCAGCCCAAACCUAUUUGAGCUUCUAUUACAGUAUAUUUGGGCCCUUGGUCUGUGGCUUCCUGCUCUUGGGCGCCUAAUUCCCAGACCAGCAAAAGGAGUUCCUCGCUCUGAAUCUAAUCUUUUAAAGCAAGUCUCUGGGGAGGACACGGAUUAAAGACAAAAGAAGAAACAGAGAGUACCAAAGCAAGGACGCGGUCCAAAGGCAAAUUGAGACCUGCUUCCUACUCCCACAAUGCGCUUUAGCCCCGACACAGGGCCCGAGUAUUGUUUUCAUGUCCUUCACCCCUACGUGGCCGCGGAGUAGCUGAGGUCCCGUCCACCUGCCGACUCUGUCAUCCUGGGCUGGGAGUGCGGCAGGCGGGGCUCGGCGCUGCCCUCUCCCGGGAGGGGCGCCAGCCUGGCUGGGGUCGGGACAGAGGAGGUGAGGCCGGGUGCCCUCGCCCCACCCACCCCGGCCGUUA